AUGCUUCACGAAAAACACCAAGAAAAUGGUUUCUUUUUGAAGAAUGGAGCUGCGGUGUUUGAGCAGAGCAUUUGUUUGUUUAAUGCAGUCCGGUUGGAGCUAGACCAUGACAACCUGACCAUCCUGCACCACCUCCACCACACUACAGGGACUAUCCCGAUUUCCGACCACCCUCCUAGAUCCGCGGUUCAAAAGCCGUCGUCGUUGCCUGAGGGCCUGAGAUCCCGAACGGUGGCGUGGUUGCGUGUUAGAGCAGACCAUUUUAAUGGAAAAACCAAUCCACUUCGGUCAUACUCUUCUCAACAACUCAACAGGGCAACCUACAACUUCGAUUUUAGCAGACUGAUACACCAGAGUAGGAACUACAAGUUGUAUAAGGGAUCAAUUGAUGGAGAAGAUUGUGAAAUUUCGGUGAAAAUGUUCUUGCCAAAUAGUGAAGAAGCACCACUGCCAUUUGAGACCAAGUUAGGGAUUGGUAUUGGAAUAGCAAAUGCACUUGCUUAUCUCCACCGAGGCCAUUCAAAGACCUUCAUCUAUCGAGAUAUACGUAGCCAAAUAGUGUUCUUAGACCAAGACUAUGGCGCCAAGCUGUUUGAUUUUCAAUCAUCACUUCUGAUUCCUGAAGGCAAAACUCAUGUAGAUGUGGAUCGGAUUUAUGGGAUUGUAGGGUAUAUAUCUCCUGAGGCAUGUUUUCAUGGACGUUAUUCAGAAAGGAGUGAUGUCUAUGGUUUUGGGGUUCUACUGUCCGAAUUGUUGACAGGAAAGAAUUUGGGACAACUACUUUGGUAUAUUUAUGAUUCGGCUGAUAGGAAUGGCAGGGUUGAUGCUUGGAAACGUGAAUUGGAGGCCAGUAUGUUGCAAGAAGAAGAAGAAAGAAGAGGUAAAAUGAUGGAAUGCGCCAAGCUAAUAAAGAGGUGUAUCACAGAGAAUGUGGAUGAGAGACCUAAUAUGGUGGAAGUUGCAAAAGCUCUCCUGUUGAUCCACACCAACACCCAAUAA